AUGGCUGAAGCUGCGAGACUAUCCGUGCCUCAGAGCGUCCUCCUUGCGGUGCAAUAUGCCACCGAAGCCAACAUCACCGCCCUCCGCACAUUGACGAUAUCCCGGAAAGAUGCCUUCAAUCCUCAACUCACACUUAGGAUCAUACUCAGUUACCUUCCCGAGAGCACGGAGCCUACCUUAUACACUACCUUUGUUCACGAAACUGCGUCAAGAAUAUACUCAGAAGGACAGGACAAUGCUACCCCUCUCGACAUCUCCCCGGUCGUGGACCUAUCAGAGAAUAUAGCACGGAAACGGGUACACAAACUGCACCUACUGCAAAUAGCUCAUUCCUCCUACACGCCCGACACGUCGGAAGAUAUACUCACGCCCUUCCUCGUCCACCGAGUCCAUCGCAUUGAUGCGGAGACAGGUCUACUAGAACUCGUCCCACAGCUCAUUGUACCUUUUCUUCGACACUCAGAAUACCUAAGAACUUGGUUUAUAUCUUCAAUUCUGCCCUUGCUUCGCUACGGCUACGAGUACCAUCCCCACAAUACGAUUCCUACCUUGCAAGAAUUCGGCCAAAUGAAGGGCGCAAAAGUCGUUGAUAUGUUCCUGUCUCCUACCCGAAAGCCCGCCGCGGAUAAGAAAGCAGGUCCACAAAUAGGGAGGGACUUGAGAGGGCUUGUGGGCCCGUGGAUGUAUGGGCAUAACGAGAGGAAACGGCGGAAGUUGGAUACAGGCCGGCAAGAGCCGUUAGCAGCCGACAGCCAGACCAACACAGCAGUUAAACGCACCAACUCGUUUCCUGAGGAAGCCGUGCCAGAGUCUGACGAAGACUGGGAAUGCUUGUUCGCAUGGUUCGUUCAUACGGCUACCGAUGACUUUCCUCUCGUGACGAGCGCCAUAGAAGACUGGGAUGGUCCAGGUGACGUGGAUUUGGGAGGCUAUGACGAGGGGCACCAGUAUCUCGAAGAGGAAAUGCAGCGGCGACUCGAGAUCCGAUAUGCGCAGUCAGCUCUCGCAAGUGCAUAUGCAGUUGAGGCAAACACUCCAGAGGCCAUCGAAGGAGCACACUCGCUCUUAGUUCGAUUGGCAACGCUCAUGGACUUCGAGCCGCCUCCAGGUCUAGCAACUAGUGUUGAGUUGCUACCAAAGAUCGACACGGCCUCCCCUAUUUUACAAGAACCAUCUGCCACUCUUUUUCAAGAUGUGCUCCUUCGUGCCGACAACCCCCUAACGAAACCGGAGGUGCAGACAUUUUGCCUUCUCCAGAUGUUCGUUUACUCGGCUUACAAUUUUGGUGGUUUGAGUUACAACAUUUCAAUAGUGAAUGUCGCAAAAUUACGCUUCCACAAGACCGACGAUGAGCAGUUUGGCAUGCUUCAGAAAAUCUUGCACGGAUUGACCACCGGCCCGCAAAAGGAUGACGACCAAUGGUCACUUGUGAGGGAUCGAUUACUAUGGCUAUGGAACUGGGGAAUCGAUGUCGAUGAGAAUGGUGCUUUGUUUGGAGCAGGAGUGUUUGGGAAAGUAGAAAGAGGAGUUUUCGAGAGGGAAAUUCUACGAGCUUUCCUAGACACCGGUCGCCACACACUCGCCAUUAAGAUAUACAUCAGCGCAACUCCUUAUCAUCGUCUUUCGUUGGAAGAAAUCGAAACUGUGAUCAUCACAGCGGCCAUGGCCCACUACGACAACGCCAGCAAUGGGAAUAGAACUAGAGGGGGCAUGAAGAAGGCUGCUGAUAUCAUUUCAACCUUCGACAAGUAUUUUCCAAAUUCAUUUACAUUCCAAAGAAGCAAGGCCCUCAUCUCUGCGACGCAUGCACUAUCUUUCUACUCCUUGACUCUGCAGCAUGGCGUUCCGUUCAAACCCGUCAUGAUCCGAGCUAGUCUUGACCCACUUUCGCUGUUAGAGAAGGUCUUGGACCAGAAUCCACGCAGCUAUACCCAUCUUGACGAUUUCAUCUCGAUCGGCCAAAAUUUGGUCAUUGCAACACCCCCUAGGCUUUCCGAAGGCGCUCCUGACUCUAUCAUCGAUCUUACCCCCACCGAAUCGAAUCGACGCAAAAACACUGCAGAAAGACGAGUCAUUGGCAUGGCUAUCGAGGCCGCCCUUGCAGAAGACGACUUUGAAACUGCGUACUCGUACGUUGUCAAUCGUUUAUCGCCUCCAAAUUAUUCUGGAACGCCUUCAACACCUGGAACGCCUGCGUCGCCUCUGUCGCCUAUAGGGCCUCUGUCACCCCUCACGCCGACAAGUAGUAGGAGAUCUUCUUUGGACAGGAGACCUUCCAUCGCCGUCGACUACCUGACGUCCGGUCGCCAGAAGAAAGACGAAGACGAUCUGUCAUGGCGCGCUGCUUUUCUCGCAGGACGCCAUCGCUCUUCACCGAUGUCAGGCUCGUACAACUCCGCCGGAUCCACCGCGCCUCCAAUACUGCGAAGACUAGAACAACGAAUGGAGCUGCUCAGUCAAGCGCUCCUGCUCGCCCCCCCGGCGAACCUACCAGAGGUGCUUGGCGUUUGGCAAGAAUGCGAAGAAGAGAUGACGACGCUGCUGGCGCAGGAGAACGAGGCUGAGCAGCGCUUCAACGAUCGAGCCGAUCAGAAGCUACCAGGAGCAUUCACAGAGACGGUUACCAUACAGCCUCGACGAGAAGUCGGCAGAGGUGCUGUUGAGGAGGCGCCGAUGGGACUGUUUGAUGUUGCAAGAGGUGCUGCGGCAGCUUUUUCAAGGAGUGCGUUUCCGCUCCGAGGCGCGAGUGUCAGCACUGACAGCGCUACUGGCGCCGUUCGUAGCGGCGACAGCGGACAUGCUCGGAUGUCGUCGGAUCUGGGAAGUGAAGCUGGGAGUUUUGCGGGGAGUGACGAAGGUGGGAGAGUUCGUAAGCGGGAUAUGGUCGCGAAUGCUGUAACUGGCGGCUUGGCCAGUGGCUUGGGAUGGGUCUUGGGUGCCACACCAGUCCAGAAGCCGGAUAGAGAUUAG